ACGGCUUUACUCGGACUCAGCACGGCUGUGCACAGCUCGGCACGGUUCAGCACGGCUCUUCCCGGCUCGGCACGGCUCUGUCCGAUCCCGGCCCGGCUCGGCACGGCUCGGCGCGUUCCCCCCCUCGCAUCUCAUCGCGGCGCGGCCCCGGCACAGCCGCACUGAGCCCGCCCCGCCGCAGCCCGGCCCGGCUCGGCCCGGCUCGCUGCGCGCCCCUCCCGUCCCCGCCGCCACCGAUCCAGAGCCGCCAUGGAGGUGUUCAUGAAGGGCUUGUCCAAGGCCAAGGAGGGGGUGGUCGCCGCCGCCGAGAAGACCAAGCAGGGGGUGGCCGAGGCGGCCGAGAAGACCAAGGAGGGGGUCCUCUAUGUUGGGAGCAAAACCCAAGGCGUGGUGCAAGGCGUCACCUCAGUGGCUGAGAAGGCGAAGGAGCAGGCAUCCCAGCUGGGCGAAGCCGCCUUCUCGGGUGCCGGCAACAUCGCGGCGGCCACCGGGCUGGUGAAGAAGGAGGAGUUCCCUGCGGACCUCAAGCCAGAGGAGGUGGCCCAGGAGGCUGUGGAGGAGCCGCUGGUCGAGCCGCUGCUGGAGCCGGAGGGGGAGAACUACGAGGAGCCCCCACAGGAGGAAUACCAGGAGUACGAGCCAGAGGCAUAAUGGACCCCCGUCCUUGCCUCUUCCACCAGCAGCACAACGAACCGCCGGUAGCCCCCUGCUCCUCCCCAGCCAGCCCUGGCCGGUGCCCGCGUGCCGGGGAGGAGCAGGGGUGCCCCUGCCCCGUUCGCUCACAAGUUCUUCCUCCAGUUCCGUUCCAAGGGACCGUGUCCGUGUCUCCGUACCGUGUCUAGCAGUGAGAAACCCGCUGUGUCCAAGCCCCGGAGCCCCGGCGCGUGCCCGAGCCGUGGGUGCUGCCCGCAGGGGCCGGUGUGCGUGCGUGUGUGCGUGCGUGUGUGCCCGCCGAGCCCGGGUUUAUCGCCCUGUGUCCCUCCCAGCGCCAUAAACCCGGCUGCUCCCGGCGUGUCUGUGUCUGUACAAAGCAUGUUGACCUGCUCGCGGGCUGCUGUACAUUCCGCUUGCACGCGUGUCCCCGUGGUUCUGCUCUGGUCGUCGUGGAACUAUUUUUUUUUUAUAUAUAUAUCUCUAUCUAUGGGUGGACGGGUCUUUUGCCUUUGUGAGCCCUGGGUGCCCCAGCCCGCUCCCCAGCCUGCUGGGUGGUGACGGUGCCCGCGCCCCCCCUCCCUCUGCCCCCGAGGUCCCGUAGUGCCGACGCUGUGUUGUGACGUGGCAUGGAUAUCCCCUCGCCCCCGUCGCUGGAUGUGCAAUACGAGGGCAGCUGCCAGUGACACAGCUGCCCCCGUGUCCGUGAAUAAAGCCAACUCUUGUCUGUA